UCUGUCGGUCAGGGCCCCGCUUCUCCUGUCACUCAGCCGGCAUGGCCCCGCCCCAUCGCCCGGCCGGAAGAAUCGCCAGCUUCGCCAGGCCCGUUCCCGCCGCUCCGGGGCUCGGUAGCGCUCGGCGUGGUUGCCAUGGCGGCGGUUGCUGCGGCGACGAGGUGGCGGCUGCUUCUGGUGCUGAGUGCUGCGGGGCUGAGGGUCACAGGCGCCCCGCAGCCCCCUAACAUCCUGCUCCUGCUCAUGGACGACAUGGGGUGGGGCGACCUCGGGGUGUACGGAGAACCUUCCAGAGAGACCCCGAAUUUGGACCGGAUGGCUGCGGAAGGGAUGCUCUUCCCGAACUUCUACACGGCCAACCCCCUGUGCUCCCCUUCCAGGGCGGCUCUGCUUACCGGACGCCUGCCCAUCCGCAGUGGCUUCUACACCACCAACGGGCACGCCAGGAACGCCUACACGCCACAGGAGAUAGUGGGCGGCAUCCCGGACUCAGAGCUCCUGCUGCCGGAGCUGCUGAAGGAGGCCGGCUACACCAGCAAGAUCGUGGGCAAGUGGCAUCUGGGCCACAGGCCUCAGUUCCACCCCCUGAAGCACGGAUUCGAUGAGUGGUUUGGAUCCCCCAACUGUCACUUUGGACCUUAUGACAACAAGGCCAGGCCCAACAUCCCUGUGUACCGGGACCGGGAGAUGGUUGGCAGAUUUUAUGAGGAAUUUCCAAUUAACCUGAAGACUGGAGAAGCCAACCUCACCCAGAUCUACCUGCAGGAAGCACUGGAUUUCAUUAAGAGGCAGCAGGCAGCUCACCGCCCCUUCUUUCUAUACUGGGCCAUCGACGCUACACACGCGCCUGUUUACGCCUCCAGGCCUUUCCUGGGCACCAGCCAGCGAGGGCGUUAUGGGGACGCCGUCCGGGAGAUUGACGACAGCGUUGGGAGGAUCCUGCACCUCCUCCGGGACCUGAGCAUCGCAGAGAACACCUUUGUUUUCUUCACGUCGGACAACGGCGCUGCCCUCAUUUCUGCGCCCAGACAAGGUGGCAGCAACGGGCCCUUUCUGUGCGGGAAGCAGACCACGUUUGAAGGUGGGAUGAGGGAGCCUGCGAUCGCCUGGUGGCCCGGGCACAUCCCUGCCGGCCAGGUGAGCCACCAGCUGGGCAGCAUCAUGGACCUCUUCACCACCAGCCUGUCCCUCGCAGGCCUGGCGCCACCCAGGGACAGGGCCAUCGACGGCCUGGACCUCCUCCCCACCAUGCUCCAGGGCCGCCUGACAGACAGGCCGAUAUUCUAUUACCGUGGCAACACGCUGAUGGCGGUCACCCUCGGCCAGUACAAGGCCCACUUCUGGACCUGGACCAAUUCCUGGGAGGAGUUCAGACAGGGCGUGGAUUUCUGCCCCGGGCAGAACGUGUCAGGGGUCACCACCCACUCGCAGGAGGAGCACACUAAGCUGCCGCUGGUCUUCCACCUGGGACGAGACCCCGGGGAGAGGUACCCCCUCAGCAUUGCCAGCACCGAGUACCUGGACGCACUUCGCUGGAUCACCCCGAUCGUCCGGCAGCACCAGGAGGCCUUGGUCCCCGGACAGCCCCAGCUUAAUGUGUGCAACCGGGCGGUCAUGGAGUGGCAAGGGGGUCGCUUGGCACCUCUGCAGGUGCAGGACGAGCCAAACCCAUGUGGGAUGUGGGUGUUGAAAGGCUGGGCAGAUGGCCUGGGGUGCAGCAAGCCCACUGGCCACCUCCGAGCACAGCCUCCUCCAACUCCAUGGGCUCACCCACAAGUCCAUCCCAUAACUGGGGUGUCUGUGUGGCUCCCUGCUGCACAAAGAUGGGCGAUCUUCCGUCCCCGCGGCAGAAGCUCCGGCAGCACCCCAAAACCCGCAGAGCAAAGCCAGUAGCUUAGCCUGGCUUCCAGCCCGUGAGUGCCCCCGCCCCGCACACCCCAUUCCCCAGACCCGCCUGGCGGUUGUGAGCACGGCUAAGCACCUUGAAGCUGCGGGCGCGGCCGGGCCAGCGGAGCUGCUGCCUCGAGCCAGGAAGUGACUGUGUGAGCAUUGCGGGGUGGGUGUGAUGGGUGCGUGUGACGACGAGGCACGGAUGUUGGAAGCAUUCCCUAGGGGUGAGGAGUGUCAGAGGGCGGGUGGCCUUGAGGGCGGCUGAGGGUCGUUGGCCAGGGCCAGUGGGGCAGCCUGGUCGCGGUUGUCCA